AUCUGCGGGCGAAAAACUGUCCGACGAAAAAAUGUCAGACGAAAUUUUGUCCGGACACGUACAUACUCUGCCUUGCCUUGUGUGGUGUAUCCUCUUGGUUUGCUCUCGGUAAUAAUUUUUACGACCCGUAUUUUUCGAUGGAAUCAGAAUGGUGCCAAAGUGGUACCAAAAUAAUGGAAUAAUUGGGUGGUAGAAGUGUGGCGUACAAAACCGGAGUCGUCGGGCAUUACUUUUUACAUCUGAUAAUGCUUAAGGGAGCAAGAUUGAAGGAUGGCGCUGAUGGCCUGUCACUUGAGAACAUCACUCAGGAUGUUGUCACAAGAGACAUAAAAAUAAAAGCACAAAUACAGGAGAUCCAGGGCUGCGGCAGCUCGCUGCAGGAGCUCAAUGAGCUCAACAGGGCGGUGCGCUCCGAGCUGGAGGGACAGCGUCGCCAGCUGGCGCGGCUGGAGGAGGCCGCCCGGCGGCCGGACCACCAGCUGGAGCGCGCCCACCUGCUGCAGCAGGCAGCCACCUACAGCCGGCAGCUCGCCAGCCAGGUGGUGCAGCUCCGGCGCGCCAACGUGACGGCCCAGUUCAACAUCGAGAGACGCCACGCCGCCGAGCUGUUCGACGACCGGCCGACGGGCGAGGUCGUCCGCCAGCGGCGCGGCCAGGAUCAGCUGAACAAGAUGGCCUCCCAGGUGACGGGUAACCUGCUGUCCAUCAACCGCCAGCUGGCAGAGCAGGUGGACCGCAGCAAGCAGACGCUCGACGUGCUGGUGAACUCGUCGGACAAGGUGAGCGACACACACGAGGAGCUGAAGAGCGUCGGCGGCGCCAUCGGCCAGUCGGGCCGGCUGCUGAGCAAGUACGGCCGCCGGGAGCUGACCGACAACGUCCUCUUCCUGCUGGCCUUCGCCUUCUUUUUCGCCUGCGUGCUCUACGUGGUGAAGAAGAGGCUCUGGGGCUGGUGACGCCGCCACCCGCCGGGCAGUGUGGGUGUGUGUCUGCGCCCGUCGGCUGGUGACGCCGCCACCCGCCGGGCAGUGUCGGUGUGCGCCCGUCGGUGAGCUGGCUGGUGACGCCGCCACCCGCCGUUCGGUGUGGGUGGGUGUGUGUCUGCGCCCGUCGGCUGGUGACGCCGCCACCCGCCGGGCAGUGUCGGUGUGCGCCCGUCGGCUGGUGACGCAGCCACCUGCCGGGCAGUGUGGUUGUGUGUCUGCGCCCGUCGGCUGGUGACGCCGCCACCCGCCGGGCGGUGUGGGUGUGUGUCUGCGCCCGUCAGCUGGUGUCGGUGAGCUGGCUGGUGACGCCGCCACCCGCCGGUGAGCUGGCGGCGUCACCUCUGUGAGCUGGUAUGUACCUCUCGAUCCGAGGGCACUCCAGCGCAUGCGCGCCGGCAUCCAGAGUUAAUGACGAUUCACGUGUGGAACAUUCGGGGCACCGUCCCCUGGGCGGUCCGCUUUUACGGACACCCCCACAGCUCCCAUUCCGCAAACGGCGCUUUAAAUGGCAUAUUUAUAUGACAAUAUAAUAUACACAUAUGGCGAUA